AUGGAUAUAUGGGACAUCAUAAGUCCAGUAGUCGGUCCAAUUGCUGAAAAUAUUGAUUCAGCUAUUGGUACAAUUUUAAAUAUACAUUCUACUGUUACAAAUGCAGUUUCAGGUGCUAUUUAUACUGUAACAUCAUGGAUUGGUGAUAAAAUUCCAGCACUUGGUAAACGUGAUUUAGAAAAUGAUGCUCGAUUAAGUCUUCUGAGUGAACUUCAAUCAUUUAGACUUUCUUUUCAACAAUCAAUGCUUGAAAUUCUUCAAAGUUUUCUUAAUGGUAAUUUAGCAACUCAAUUUAGACAAUUAAUUUCAAAAUUAAGUACUUUUCUUAAAACACAUUUACAAACUAUUAGAAAUAUGAUAACUGAUUUAAUUCCUNAUCUGUCUAGCCAAAGGAUAUAA